AUGUGGGACCCACAAAUUCCCGAGCUCGGAAAACAUUUUCAGGUGCUGCGAUAUGAUACGCGCGGUCACGGCAAAUCAGACGUUCCGCCAGGUCCUUACACCUUUGAUCAGCUUGUUGGCGACGUGAUCGGCCUGAUGGACAAGCUGGGCAUUGAAACGGCCCGAUUCAUGGGUCUUUCCAAAGGCGGCAUGACGGGGCUCGGACUUGCUAUCACAUAUCCGGAGCGGAUCGAGCGCGUGGUCUGUGCAGACGGGCGUUCGGACGCGCCACCGCCCUUCAGGGCCAUGUGGGACGAUCGAAUCGGCAAGGUCGAAGAAAACGGCAUGGCGGGGAUCGUCGAAGGACCGAUGGCAACGUGGUUCACACCUGACUGGAUCGAGGCCAAUCCACAAGCGGCCGGGCAAAUUCAGCGCAUGAUCCUGUCUCACGAACCGGAAGGUUACAUCUCGAAUUGCCGGGCGUUGCAAGGUCUCGACUACUACCGGCACCUCCACAAGAUCACUAUUCCGACCCUUUAUGUGGGCGGCAGCCACGACAAGGGCGCUGCGCCGGACGUCAUGCGGGCGAUGGCCGAUGCGACGCCGGGUGGACGAUACGUCGAGAUUCCGGACGCGGCUCACGUUGCCAACAUCAACGCACCGCAAGCCUUUAACCGUGCCGUAUUGGAUUUUCUGACUGAAGGUGGCUGA